UGGAUGGGGAUCCGAUCCGACCCAAUUGACUCGUCCGUCGCCGUUCCCCAAUCGAAUCGAUGUCGCCGCGAUGGCCACUCGUCGUCAUCCUCCCCGCCGUCCUCGCCUCCGCUGCCUCAACCCCACCACCACCGUGCAGCCGCUCCUGCGCGGCCCUCAAUUGCGACUCCGUGGGGAUCCGCUACGGCAAGUACUGCGGCGUGGGCUGGAGCGGCUGCGACGGGGAGGAGCCCUGCGACGACCUCGACGCCUGCUGCCGUGACCACGACCACUGCGUCGACAAGAAAGGUCUGAUGAGUGUGAAAUGCCAUGAGAAGUUCAAAAACUGUAUGAGGAAAGUGAAAAAGGCUGGUAAGGUUGGGUUCUCUGAUAAAUGCCCCUAUGAAAUGGCUAUGGCAACGAUGAAUCAAGGGAUGGACAUGGCGAUCAUGCUCAGCCAGUUGGGCAGCAAAAAGUUGGAACUGUAGCUUCACCUCACCUGGAUCAGAUGAGGGUGGCUGGCCUUAACAGGAAGCAAAUGCAUUACUUGACUGAAGAUUAGAAUUUAUUUGAUUAUAUCACAGUUUUUUUUCCUUCUUUGUAGGAAUGUAUUGUUUGCUUGGCGCUUGAAUCACCCCCCAAGCAUUUUUCAAUUGAUUUGGCAUGUAGAUGAAUCAGAAAUGUCAUCUUCUUACAGUUUGAUCGAGAUAGCUCAUUGUUUUGGCAUGUAGAUGAAUCAGAAAUGCAAAAUACUGUAGCAUCUCUGUUUUUUUUUAAUUCUGACAGUAGAGAAGUGAUCAAAAGCUAGUUGCAACCGAAGAGUAUCCCGAUCGCAGUGCAGUGUGCAGUUGCAAUGCUAUCGCUCCCCUUGUUACGAUUACGAACGAUAGUCUCCCCCACAAUUCCUCUCAUUGCCGAUUCGAUUCGGAUCCCCUCCCCACUCCUGCUCGCCAAGUCCUUGGCAUGGGGUCAAGGAGGGGAAGGCAGCAUCCUGGUAUUGCUGGUGGAAGAGGAGGCUCAGGGAGAGGUGGUCGUGGUGAUGAGGCCCAACAGCAGCAGCCAAGGGGUCGUCCUGGAGAGUAUCCAGGCAGGGGACAGGCUCGUGGUGGAACAUGGCCACAACAGUACCCUCACGGUGGUAGAGGUGGACAUGGCGUUGCCCCGCCAUCCAUCGAAUCCUCAAGCCCUUUAGCUCCCGAGCUGCGCCAAGCAAUAUUUUGGACAGGUUUGUACUUUCAAAGUUCCUGAACUUGCUUUCUUUUGAUUCAGGCGGCGUAGGAAUUUUAAAGUAGUCAUUAAAUUUGCUGCAAGAGCCGACCUUCACCGCCUCAAGUUGUUUUUAGCUGGGAGGGACGCAGAAGCUCCUCAAGAGGCAUUGCAAGUUCUUGAUAUCGUGCUGCGGGAGCUGCCUUCAGCAAGAUAUGCACUAUUUGGGCGAUCGUUCUUUUCACCUGACUUGGGCCGAAGGCAGCCCUUUGGUGUCUCUGAACAUUGAUAUGUCAGCUACAGCUUUCAUCGAGCCAUUACCUGUAAUUGAAUUGUCGCGCAACUACUGAAUUCUGACAUUCACUCGAGGCCCCUCUCAGACGCUGAACGUGUGAAGAUGUGUUGGAUAUUUUGAUGGACAAAGCUUCUUCCAAAGGACUGCUACAGGGAGUGGUAGACUAUUUAAUUCCUGGGGGAUUACCCAUGUUCAAUAUACUGAUGACACCAUUCUGAUGGUCGAUGGCUCUGAUGGAUCCAUUCUAAAUCUUAAGAUCAUCCCGUAUUGCUUUGGAUGGUUGUUCGGUCUUAAGAUUAACUUUUAUAAGAGUGAGGUGUUUAGUUUUGGCAUGGGGCAGGAGGAGCAGCAGAGGGUGGCCAACAUGCUCAAUUGCAAAAUGGGACUGCACCCUCUCAAAUAUUUGGAUACCCCUGUUUCAGACCAUAAACUUGGCAUUGCUGCCUCUUCUGAAGUGUUGUCAGAAAUGACUAAAAGCUAGACCUAUGGAAGGGUAAGAACUUGACUUAUGGGGAAAACUGACUUUGACAAAUUCUUGCUUAACCAGCCUUCCAAUGUAUACUAUGGGGUUUUACCUCCUUCCAAAAGGAGUCCACAAGAAAAUAGAUACUAUCAGAUCUCAUUUGUUUGGAGAGGAGCUGAGGACGUGAACAAAUACUACUUAGCCAAAUAGGAAGCUAUUAUUUGCAGGCCUGAGGACUAUGGUGGUCUUAGCUUUUUUAACACAAUUGUGAUGAAUGAAUGUCUACUUUCCAAAUGGAUUGGAAAGAUCUGCUCAGGCUCUCAGGAUACCUGGUUCAAACUCCUCACUGCCAAAUACAUGUCAGAUGGAAAUUUCUUCACCUCAAGUCAAAGAGGCACCUCUCAAUUCUAGCAAGGCUUGCACAAGGUUAAACACCUUUUUCAAUAGGGAGUUGUUUACAAAGUAAAUAGAGGUAAUAAAGUCUUCUUUUGGAAGGAUGUCUGGUUGGGUGAAAUACUUCUUAAAAUACAAUUCCCUGGUCUUUUCAACUUGUGUGCUGAUCCAGAUUCACUUGUCUCUGAAUGUUGGGUUGGAAAUGAGUGGGAUAUUCAAUUUAAUAGAAGCUUGGCAGCAACUGAUCUGCCCCAGUGGGAGGAGCUGAUGCAUAAACUGCAAAUUGUUCAGCUGAAUGACUUGGAAGAUGAGGUGAUUUGGGCUCUUGAUAAAUCAAGGAGAUUCACCACAAAAUUCCUUUAUAGGUUCCUGACUUUUGAAGGGAUUUUUAACAAGGGGGCUAAUAAGAUCUGGGCAACCAAAUUACCUUUUCGAAUCAAGAUUUUCUUAUGGUAGAUGUUACAUAAUAAACUCCCAGUUGCUUCCUCCCUUAAGAAGAGGGGUUAGAAAGGGAAUAUACACUGCUGUCUUUGUGAAAAACCUGAGGAUGUCAAUGAUAUAAUUUUUGGGUGUGUGUUGGCUCAGUUCUUUUGGAGUAUUCUGAGAGAUGUCUUUGGUUGGAAUGGAUUCCCUACCUCGGUAGCUGACUUAUGGGUAAGCUGGCUUCUGAAGUCUUUCAAUAUCUCUCAAAACCUAGGAAUUUUCCUUUUUGCAGGUAUGACUUAGGCCCUGUGGAGGACUAGGAUGAUAUGGCAAUUGAGAAGAACUUCCCCAAGAAGCCUUCUGAGGUUCUGAUUCUUGUUAUAUCGUUCGUGCAGAAAUAGAACAUUCUUCUACGCAAUGACGAUAAGCUGAAGGUGGACAAUGCCUCGUCUCAAGUCCAGAUGUGGCUUCGGGACUUCUCCCGUGGCACUGUUCCAGUGUCUGAUAUUGGCGAUCUGUAAUUUGAUGACCAUGUCCUUAUUGUAAUAGGAUAGUAAUUUGCUAUCUCUCGUCAUUGUGAUUGGGUCUUGUUGUUCGCGACUUGUGCUCCUCUAGUCCGCUGGUAACCCCAGCCCAUCUUGUAUAUGACUUGAUGCCUGUAAACCUGUUUAUUGGCUUUCAAUAAAAACCGAGGUAAUCUCUCUUAAAAAAACAAA